UAAACACUAAAUAUAUUGCAACAAAAAAAAAUUAAAGAAUCUUACGUGUGAAAAAUUAGCAAAAGGUGGCCUAGGUAUAUCCAUCACUGAUCAUAAGUGGUUGAAAAUGCACCAGCGAUAAUCAGCACAAUCGAACAGUGAAUAAGCCGUAAAUCUGCUGGGCUCCCACCCGCUCCCCUCCCGCGAGAAGAAGAAGUAAAUAACGUCAACACGUCAGAAGUAAAGAGACGUAAAGAGAGAGACCGCAGCAGCAUGAACCUAACCAAAUGGAUGUGCCUCCUAAUGCUCCUCCUGGCCAAGCGCGGCCAGCUGUUGCGAGCCGAGCUGCAGGGCCCCACAGCCACAACCGAAACCCCCACAGCAGCUCACACCAGCUUACCAGCAAGUGAGCCAUCCAGUCAGGCCGACACUGAAGAGGUAACCACAGCCGAGACAGAGUCCCGGGCGCCGGCCCUCAGCAAUGAACGGAAGGCGUCCAAACCAAAGGAUGCCACAGAUUUCGGGACACGGGUGAUGCCAGCUGCUCUAUUCGAACGCCUCUGGAACGACAGUCUGAUGAAGCAACAGAAGCUAAAGGCUGAGAUCGAGAAAAUCGAGGCCAUGCGACAGGGCACUGCCGAGCCCCCCGCCGUCGAGCUAACUCCGGAGCAGCUGGAAGCCCAACUGAUGUACAACAAUGCCAUGGACAUGCUCGCCAAGCCGCGCACGGACAAACGGGUGGUCUUCACCUUGCUCAAGAAGGCGGCGGCCUUCAAUCAUCAGGAAGCCCGAGCUGCACUCGCCUGGGCCGUGCUCAUGGGCCACUGGAUGGAGUUCGAUUUCCAUCAUGCUGCCGAUGAGUUUGAGAGCUUGGCCAACGAGGGUCUGCCCUCGGCCCACAUGGGACUGGCAUUCAUGUACUCGGCCGGAGUUGGUGGCAAAAAUGUGAGCCAGCCGCUGGCCCUGAUCCACUACACUCUGGCCGCCCUGGGCGACGACACUCUGGCACAAAUGGCACUGGGCUAUCGCUACCUGUACGGCAUCAAUGUGCCCAUCAGCUGCGAGAAGGCACUGAUCCAGUACAAGCGCGUGGCCAAGAAGGUGGCCUCAAAGGUAACCUUCGCCAAUGGUCCGGUUGUGCAUCGCGUGCGGCUGCUGGAUGAGCUGGAGAAUCCCGGCAGCCACGAGACCGAGAUUGUCGACUACUACCAACUGCUGGCCGACAAGGGUGAUGUGCAGUCGCAGGUGGGACUGGGGCAGCUGUACUAUCAGGGCGGCAAAGCCAUUCAGCAGGAUCAUCAGAAGGCACUGGAAUACUUCACCCUCGCGGCCAAUGCGGGCAAUGCCAUUGGUUUUGCUUUUUUGGGCAAACUCUACCUGGAGGGCAGUGAGCAGAUCAAGGCAGACAAUGAAACGGCCUUUAAGUACUUCUCCAAGGCCUCGGAAAUGGGUGAUCCUGUGGGUCAGAGCGGCUUGGGUGUCAUGUACCUAAAGGGCCUGGGUGUGCCCAAGGAUCCAGUCAAGGCCUUGUCCUACUUCACACAGGCAGCCGACCAAGGAUGGGUAGAUGGACAGCUGCAACUGGGCACCAUGUAUUUCACUGGAAAUGGCGUCAAGACUGACUACAAGCUGGCCCUCAAGUACUUCAAUUUGGCCACUCAGUCGGGCCAUGUGUUGGCCUACUACAAUCUUGGGGUUAUGCAUGCCUACGGCAUGGGUAUGCUGCGCUCCUGCCCAGCAGCUGUGGAGUUCUUCAAGUCUGUGGCGGAGCGCGGUCGCUGGAGCAACAGACUGAUGCAUGCGUAUGGCGACUACAAGCGGAAUCGCAUCGAUGAGGCUUACAUGCAGUACUCCCUGAUGGGCGAGGUUGGCUACGAGGUGGCCCAGAGCAAUGCCGCCUUUCUGCUGGACCGCGAGGAGGUGCAUGUGUUCAAUGACCGGCACGAGGAAUUGAUAAGAGCCUUUUAUUACUGGAAGCGGGCUGCUGGCCAGGGCUAUUCGGCUGCACAGGUCAAGCUGGGCGACUACUACUAUUAUGGCUGGGGCACGUCGAAGGAUUUCGAGACAGCUGCGGCUCUAUACAGGAAAGCAUCGGAGCAGCAGUACAAUGCCCAGGCCAUGUUCAAUUUGGGUUACAUGCAUGAGCAGGGGCUGGGCAUGAAGAAGGACAGGCAUCUGGCCAAGCGGCUGUACGAUCUGGCUGCCGAGACGAAUGCAGACGCCAAAGUGCCAGUGGCCAUAGCGCUACUGAAGCUGCAGGUGCUGGCAAAGAUUGAAUCAAUCAAAGAGUCCCCGUAUAGAUUCAUCUUUCUUUUGGAUGAAAACAUCGCCGCCAAUUGGGAUUUGUAUACGAUUACCUUGCUGACACUGCUGUUGGGUUUUAUCAUGUACACUCGGCGGCCAUUCCAGCAGCCUGAGCAACAGCUCGCAAAUGAUUUGGCCGCUGCUGCGCCAGUUCAGCUGGUACCACCGGCAGUGGCCGAAGCAGCAGCACCCGCUCCAGCAGCUGCACCUGCACCUGCACCGGCACCCGCACCUGAACCAGAUCCAACAACGUCUGCUGGCACAUCCAAGGCGACGACGUCUAAUGGCAACGGAGCGACAGAGGCGACGUCGAGUAGCGCCAAUGCCAAUGCCAAUGCGAAUGCUCUCGAUCCCACUGAUUAGUUGGUUAAUUCAUCCCCCACCCUCCCUUCUAGUUUAAUUUAGUGUGCGUGUAAAUAUUUAUCAUCUAAUUUCGCCCCGAUUUAAUAUUUUUAUUAACUCUAAAAAGACCUUUUAUCGUACUCAAAUUAUAAAUGUUGUACUGAUCAAUAAGAAAGCAAAACAAAAACAAGCAAAAAUGUAAAAAUAUGCAAAUA